AUGCACCGGCUGCCCGCGCAGCUCUGCGCGAUGAGCGUGCUGACGGCGCUGAAAAUACACGGGGAGGGCAUUCCGGAGAGCAUCAGCGCGCUCAAGAAGCUGCGCCGCCUGAACCUGUGCAACAUCAGCUGCGCGCACCCCGACGUGGGGGAGGAGUGGCGCAAGCUGGAGGAGUUGCGCCUGGAGAACGUCAGCCGGGGGUGGGGCCGCUUUCCGCCCAUCUCCCUCGAGUCCCUUGCGCUCCUCACCAUCCGCCACUGCCGCAGCCUCCGCGCGCUCCCCGACGACAUCGGCGCGGCGCCAGCGCUCCGCGAGGUCGAGAUCGUCGACACGCCGAUCGCCGAGCUGCCCACGUCGAUUGCGACGCUGACGUCACUGGAGCGGCUGGUGUUGGCGCCGUCCAAGUCGAUGAGAGGACUGCCGCCCACACUGCUGGCACUGCCGCGAGUGGCGAACGUGAUGGUGAUGUAG